UUUUUUCACGCUUCGAUUAAUCGAUUACGAUUACUUCUAAUUAAUGUUAAUUAAAAAUUUGAAGCUAAUAAGACAUUAUUAUUAAAUUUAUUAAUAUUUUUUUAUGAUUUAUGAUCAAUAAUAAUAGCUAAAGAUAAUUUGGCUUUUUUUCAGGAUAUUUUUAAGGGUUUUUAGAGAAAAAAUAACAAUCAUAUGUCUUCGAUAAAAUGUUGUUGUGGAACAGAUUGUCUGAAUAUUAAACAAAAUAGACUUCUUUUUAAACAGUUUGAGAAAGAUAUGCAAAUUGCAUCAGAAUUAGGUCAAUAUUUAUUAUCAGAAUAUAGAACGUACAAUGAAAAUGCAGAAUAUAGAGAAAAAUUGUUUAAGUUAGAGAUAUCUCAUUUAAAAAUUAAGAAGGAUCAAAUUACAUCUUCGCUAUCAUUUCUUAAAAAAAGAAACAAGGAAUUGGAAGAGGAAAUAUCUAGAAUUAAUGAAAAAAACGGGAAUAUCUUAAGUAAUAUGGAAAAAUUGAAUAUAUUAUUAUCGAAUUCUGAAUCUAAUAUUAAAGACCUUUCAAAUACAUUGGAAGCUACUAAAUUAGAAUUAGAACUUGCUCGUUCUGUUAUUGAUCGUAAAAAAGCCAUUGAAAAGCAUAUAGAUGCAAUGGAAAUAGAAAAAAAUCUUUUGAGAAAGGAAUUAGAACAAUCUUUAGAAAUAGGAAUAUUUUUUAAAAAAAAAAUGGCAACAAUCUGA